AUGGCGACGGAGAAAGCAUCGGAGGAUUCGAUGCUUUUACACGGUGAUCUCAAAUUGACGAUUAAACAAGCGAGAGGGUUACCUAACAUGGAUAUGUUCUCAGAGCAUCUCCGUCGUUGUUUCGCGCCUUGUAACUCUUGUAUCAAGCCUUCCGUUAACGAAGAUCCUCGAGACGGAGGCGGUGAUAAGAAGAUCCAUGGUCAUCGUAAGGUUAUCACCAGCGAUCCGUACGUCACCGUCGUCGUCCCUCAAGCGACUCUUGCUCGGACUCGAGUUUUGAAAAACGCACAGGAUCCUAAAUGGGGAGAGCAUUUCAACAUUUCCAUUGCGCAUCCUUGUUCUUAUCUCGAGUUUCAGGUAAAAGACGACGAUGUGUUCGGUGCUCAGAUAAUCGGAACCGCUAAGAUCCCUGUCAGUGAAAUCGCAUCAGGGAAGAGAAUCUCCGGUUGGUUUCCUGUACUCGGAGCAUCGGGAAAACAGCCGAAGAAAGAUACUGCAAUCGAAAUCGAUAUGACAUUUACUCCGUUCGAUCAGAUCCAGACGUAUCGGAAUGGAAUCGCCGGUCAUCCGGAGCGUAAAGGUGUUGAAGGGACUUAUUUCCCUUUGAGGAAAGGAAGUCAAGUGAGGCUUUACCAAGACGCUCAUGUAAUGGACGGAAUGUUGCCGGAGAUUGCGUUGGAUAACAAGAAGGUUUACCAGCACGGGAAGUGUUGGGAAGAUAUAUGUUAUGCAAUAUCUGAGGCUCACCAUAUGAUUUACAUUGUUGGUUGGUCUAUCUUUCACAAGGUGAAGCUGGUUAGGGAACCUACAAGGAAAUUACCAAGAGGUGGUGAUUUGACGCUUGGAGAAUUGCUCAAAUACAAAUCUGAAGAAGGUGUUCGAGUUUUGCUUCUUGUAUGGGACGAUAAGACUUCUCAUGAUAAGUUCGGGAUUAGCACGGCUGGAGUUAUGGGGACACAUGAUGAAGAGACUAGGAAGUUCUUCAAGCAUUCUUCUGUGAUAUGCGUAUUGUCACCUCGUUAUGCCAGCAGCAAGCUUGGAUUGUUCAAACAACAGGUUGUUGGCACUCUCUUCACGCACCAUCAAAAGUGUGUUCUUGUAGACACUCAGGCUGCUGGUAAUAAUCGCAAGGUCACAGCUUUUCUUGGAGGUAUCGAUCUUUGUGACGGCCGCUAUGACACACCUGAGCACCGGAUAUUACACGAUCUUGACACUGUAUUUAAGGAUGAUUUUCACAAUCCUACGUUUCCAGCUGGUACCAAGGCUCCAAGACAACCUUGGCACGAUUUGCACUGUAGGGUAGAUGGGCCUGCAGCAUAUGAUGUUCUGAUAAACUUUGAACAGAGGUGGAGAAAGGCAACACGAUGGAAAGAGUUUAGCUUACUUUUAAAGGGGAAAACUCACUGGCAAGAUGAUGCUUUGAUCCGGAUAGGACGCAUCUCAUGGAUUCUAAGCCCAGUGUUUGAUUUUUUGAAGGAUGGUACUACAAUUGUUCCAAAGGACGAUCCACUUGUUUAUGUUUCCAAAGAAGAUGAUCCUGAGAACUGGCAUGUUCAGGUAUUCCGUUCUAUCGACUCAGGAUCCGUGAAAGGAUUUCCAAAAUUUGAAGAUGAGGCUAAGGCCCAGCAUCUGGAAAGUGCCAAGCGUCUUGUAGUAGAUAAAAGUAUUCAGACUGCAUACAUCCAGGCAAUCAGAUCUGCUCAGCAUUUCAUAUAUAUCGAGAAUCAGUAUUUCCUGGGUUCUUCUUAUGCUUGGCCUUCUUAUAAAGAUGCAGGAGCUGACAAUCUUAUUCCAAUGGAGUUGGCACUAAAGAUUGUUAGUAAAAUUAGAGCUAAAAAAAGAUUUGCUGUAUAUGUCGUCAUACCAUUGUGGCCUGAAGGCGACCCAAAGUCUGGCCCUGUGCAAGAAAUUCUAUACUGGCAGAGCCAAACUAUGCAGACGAUGUAUGAGGUUAUAGCACGAGAACUGAAAUCGGUGCAGUCAGAUGCUCAUCCUCUUGAUUACCUUAACUUUUAUUGCCUUGGUAAACGAGAGCAACUUCCAGAUGAUACGCCAGCCACCAACGGCAAUGCGGUAUCGGAUUCCUAUAAAUUCCAGCGUUUCAUGAUUUACGUGCACGCAAAAGGGAUGAUAGUAGAUGAUGAGUAUGUACUCAUGGGAUCUGCUAAUAUCAACCAAAGAUCAAUGGCGGGAACGAAAGAUACCGAGAUAGCCAUGGGCGCAUAUCAACCCUAUCAUACAUGGGAUAACAAGGGCAAACAUCCACGUGGCCAGGUGUAUGGAUACAGAAUGUCACUAUGGGCAGAGCAUUUAGGCAAAACCAGAGAUGAAUUCAUGGAGCCAGGUGAUUUAGAAUGCGUGAAGAACGUAAACGAAAUCACGGAAGAAAACUGGAAAAGAUUCAUAGAUUCGGAAUUCGCAGAGCUACAAGGUCACUUGAUAAAGUAUCCUCUACAAGUAGACAGUGAAGGUAAAGUGAGCUCUCUUCCUGAUUACGACAGUUUCCCAGAUGUUGGUGGUAAGAUCAUUGGUGCUCAUUCCAUGGCUCUUCCUGAUACUUUAACCACGUAA